CUCUGCAGGAAGCAAGUUCCCCAGACCUGACAUCAAUUUAAUCUUUGAGGACAACCAGGCACUAUGGCUCAAGGUUUACUACUGUUAGCCACACUGCUAGUUUUUAGCGAUGACGCCCGCUGUAAUUUCUCACCUACGCUUAUUACGGAUUUGGCUAAAGUACUUUUAGAGAACUACUGCUCUCCAGAAAAGCUUUCUGGUAUGGAAGAAGUAAUAGCUAUUGCCAACAACAACACGGAGAUCCUCAGCAUCCAAGAUCCCAGUAUACUUGCCAGUAUACUGACAGAUGGGGUUAUGAGUACCAUUGGUGAUCCUAGAAUAAAGGUCCUUUAUGAUCCGCAUCAUGUUCCUGCAGCACCUCCAGGAAUUCCUGACAUCCCAUUAGAGCAACUGGCUGCUUUGGUCAAGGGCACGGUAAAUGUAGAGGUUCUCGAAAAUGACAUUGCCUACCUGAAGAUUCAACACAUUUUUGGAGAAGAGAUCGCUCAGAAAAUUGGGCCUCUUCUGCUCCAGCAUGUCUGGGACAAAGUUCUCCCUACCUCAGCCAUGAUCCUGGACCUUCGUUCCUCUGUUAGUGGGGAACUGUCUGGCAUCCCUUACAUUGUCUCCUAUUACACUGAUGCAGAACCUCUAAUCCAUAUUGACUCUGUGUAUGACCGUCCUACAAACAGCACCACUGAGCUCUGGUCCAUGCCCACCUUAUUAGGAAAAAGGUAUGGAACCUCCAAACCCCUGAUCAUUCUUACAAGUAAGAACACUGUUGGCAUUGCAGAGGAUGUUGCUUACUGCCUGAAAAACCUCAAAAGAGCUACCAUUGUUGGAGAAAAUACAGCUGGAGGAUCGGUGAAGAUUGAGAAACUUAAGCUUGGUAAUACUGAUUUUUAUGUUUCUGUACCCGUGGCCAAAUCCACCAAUCCCAUCACUGGCAAAAGUUGGGAAGUCAAAGGAGUGGCACCAGAUGUUGAAGUCAAUGCAGAAGAUGCCAUGGAUGCUGCAGUUGCAAUAAUUAGGCUUCGAGCUGAAAUCCCUGCAAUUGUCAAGUCUGCAGCAGCUUUGGUUGCAAAAAACUAUGCCUUUGACAGUAUUGGAGCUAACCUAGCAGAAAGGUUAGACGCUCUAGUGGCCAGUGGGGAAUACAGCAUGAUUUCUUCAAAGGAUGAGCUAAAAGCAAAGCUCUCAGAUGAUCUUCUUAAACUGUCAGGGGACAAGUGCCUGAAAACUACGGACAAGCCUCCUGUGCUGCCUCCAGUGCUUCCUUCGCCAGAAAUAUUUGUUGCACUUGUUAAAGCUUCAUUUCAUACUGAUGUUCUUGAGAAUAACAUUGGUUACAUGCGCUUCGACAUGUUUGGAGACUUUCCACAAGUGGCUACUGUUGCUCAGAUCAUCGUGGAGCACGUUUGGAACAAAGUAGUGGAUACGGAUGCUAUGAUCAUUGAUCUCAGAAACAAUGUAGGUGGGUCGACACACCCCAUUGCAGGCCUCUGCUCGUACUUCUUUGAUGAAGACAUGCAGGUUGUUUUGGACAAACUAUAUGACAGAUCAUCUGGUACCACAAGAGUCCUUGCCACCCUUCCAGAGUUGACAGGUAGGAGAUAUGGCUCCAAAAAAGGCCUGCUGAUCCUGACCAGUGAAGUGACAGCUGGUGCAGCCGAGGAAUUUGUUUACAUCAUGAAGAAGUUUGGCCGUGCCAUGAUUGUAGGUGAGCCGACCUUUGGCUCCUGCCAGCCACCUAAAACUUUCCAAGUAAGCAACAGUGAUGUUUUCUUGGCAAUCCCAGUCAUGCACUCAGACACCACCCAGGGUCCUGCCUGGGAGGGAGCUGGAAUUGCCCCGCACGUCGCAGUGUCUGCAAGCGAAGCCUUGGACAUGGCCAAGGGUAUACUUACCAAGCACCUCAUAGGCCAGAAAUAAUCUUUCAAAACUGGAUAAACUAGGACAACAAAAUGGUAUGAAAGACGAAGGUUAGGGAUGAAGAAGCCAUAAUAUUUACAUGUCAUACUAGAUUUCAUCACAAAACUAGAAAACUCAUAUCCUUCCCAAAAUCUCCUGUAGUCUCUUCGACUUUUGUUUCAAUAGAUUCUAAUUAGAGAACACAGUUGCACACAAUGGAACACAGAUAAAAAUUACAAAAUUAUUUGAAAUAAUAAUUAAUUGUACAAUUUCAUUCCUGUUGGAUCACAUUUAAGUUUAGCACUGUCUGUUUAAGCAUGUUCUGUACAUGGAACUCAGUUGUUUUGCACUGUAAUGUAAUCCCCAUGAUACCUCAUUAAAAAUGCAUUAAAUAAAAAUCCAUAUUUCGAGAAAUUUUCCAUGUCUGAAAAUCACUUUCUAGUUGUGUCUUAUUUAUGUCUGACGAAAUGGAACAGUAUCGAAAUGACUACAUGGGGGGGGGGGGGGGGAUCUUACUCUCUCUUACUGGAAGGCGGGAAAAAAAUGAUGAAAGCAAAUGAAAUGUAGAUUCAAAGUUUAAUAAAAAAGGAUCCAAUGACUUAACCCUUUAUAGACCACAUAACCUCCCUGUUUUUUAACACAAAGCUUAACGUAGCAUUCAGCUUAAUGUAAAAUAUUAACCCGUCCACAAGAUGGCACUCUAACACUUAGUGAGUGCUAAAGUGGUUGGAAUGCAUCAUGUGAUGUUAGAAGACUUUAACACAACAAAGAAAAGAAUGUUGUUUGUUUCUGGAUGGGAAUCAGUACUGGAAUUGAAAUGAAUUGUUUUUCAGCUGAUACACCGAGUUGUUUAUGGACGCCCAAAGGAAAUGACGGAUGUUUGAAAUUAAAUGAACCGUGAUAUGAAGUCAUUUGAAAACAUGCAGCUGUUCAAGGUUAUGAGUUUGAGCCAAGAAAGACAAAGAACAGUAGAAUCUUUGGGCGACAUGGCAUUGUGGAACCAAAAGCUUCCUAUUCAUGUAGCCCCCUCUUGUGGCUGGGCAGUUAUUGAUACCAUUAAUGAAGUAAACAGGUAGUUAAGAUUGGAGGGGAUUAUAAAGUAAAAGCACUGAGAAUAGUCAUGGGUAAGCUUUUGUUGCUGAUCCCUGCAUACAAGAUAGAUAUGUCUUACACUCUUCCUGAGUCUGGGUCGAGUCCCACCGUAUGGAGUUAGCAUGUUCUUCACGUGCUUGGUGGGUUUUCUCCGGGUACUCUGGUUUCCUCCCACUGUCCAAAGACAUGCAGAUUAGGCUAUUUGGCGUUCACAAAUUGCCCGUAGUGUGUAAAUGUUGACUGGAAGUCUUACCACUGUUAUGGGUACCACUACUACAGAGGGUGCUGGAUGGAUGGAUGGAUAAAUGGAUGGAUGGAU